GACAAUACGCAUGCGCGGCGGAAGGGAGCGUUUGGGUGGCGUUUUCUUUCACACGUUACUUACCUGAAAAACAAAUCAAAAUCACAGAUACUCCUCGUGGCAUAACAUUCAACAAAGUAUAAUCUUUUUCUUCGAAUAUCCCUCGCCAUGUUUUCGUGGAUGAAAAAGAACGACGGUCAAAGAAACCCUCAAGUUUUCAACUCAGUCGUGGAUGGCUUGAAGAAACUUUAUUUCAAGCAACUGAAACCACUGGAAGAGUCUUACCUUUUCAAUGAUUUCCACUCGCCCGCUAUGACUGAGCCUGACUUCGUGGCAAAACCCAUGGUAUUGUUAGUUGGGCAGUACUCUACUGGCAAAACAACAUUCAUUCGUUACCUUCUUGAACGAGAUUUUCCUGGAAUACGCGUAGGCCCAGAACCUACUACGGAUAGUUUCAUCGCGGUGAUGCAUGGAGAGAAAGACCAAGUCAUUCCCGGAAAUGCUUUGAUAGUGGAUCCCACGAAACCUUUCCGCACUCUCGAUUCUUUUGGUAAUGCCUUUCUGAAUAGGUUUUGCUGCUCUGAGCUUCCAAGCCCUGUCCUUGAGAGUAUUUCAAUCGUAGAUACACCUGGUAUUUUGUCAGGCGAAAAGCAGAGUGUGUCUCGAGGAUACGAUUUCACUGGAAUUCUGAAAUGGUUUGCCGAACGAUGCGAUCGGAUAAUUCUUCUUUUCGAUGCGCACAAACUUGACAUUUCAGACGAAUUCCAACGUGGAAUUGAAGUUCUUCGCGACUACGAUGACAAGAUUCGAAUUGUCCUCAACAAAGCUGAUAUGGUCACGACUCAACAGUUGAUGCGGGUGUAUGGAGCUCUCAUGUGGUCCUUGGGGAAAGUGAUCAACACUCCUGAAGUUGCACGCGUGUAUAUCGGGUCUUUCUGGGACCAACCUUUGCAAAUUGAUGAAAAUCGAAAAUUGUUCGAGUGUGAAGCCAGUGAUCUGUUCAACGAUAUUCAAACCCUUCCAAGAAAUGCCGCACUGAGGAAGUUGAAUGACUUCAUCAAGAGAGCCCGUUUGGCUAAGGUUCAUGCAUAUGUUAUAGCAGAGCUGAAAAACCAAAUGCCAGCAGUGUUUGGCAAGGAUAAAAAGAAGGAGCAGCUUUUGAACAAGCUUUCUGAUGUCUACAUGAAGAUUCAAAGGGAACAAAACAUAUCCCCAGGGGAUUUCCCUCCUGUACUAAAAAUGAAAGAGCAGUUGCGCAAGUAUGACUUCUCAAAGUUUUCUCCUUUGAAAACCAAGCUGAUAGAAGCCCUUGACCGCAUGCUGGCAAAUGAAAUUCCACGUCUGAUGGCCAUGAUACCCCUGGAGAGUGAGAGUGAAUCUGAUGCUUCUGUGAGAGGAGGGGCAUUUACUGUCUCUCAUUCUACCAACAACCCCUUUGCAUCAGGAGCCUGCCAGGGUGCUGCUUUGGGGGCUGGAUCAGAUGAUUGGGUGGUGGAAGAAUUUAAGCAUGAAUAUGACAAGAUCUUCAGAAGUUUGAAUCCUCAAGGUGGAAAGAUUAGUGGAGCUGUUGCAAAGAAGGAGAUGACAAAAUCUAAGCUACAAAACAAUAUAUUAGGUAAAAUUUGGACUCUGGCUGAUAUAGAUCGUGAUGGGAAACUUGAUGAGGAUGAGUUUGCUUUGGCAAUGUACUUGAUAAAGAUCAAGUUAGAGGAUGAUGAUCUACCAGAAGAACUUUCUACACACCUUACUCCUCCGUCAAAACGUAUUAAUUCGUCCAAUGGUAUGGACUAUGACUGACAAAACUCCAACAUCAGCAAGGCAGUACAGUGAUCUUUAAUAACUGUGUGCUGAUUUGGACAAGUCACAAACAUUUACAAUUGUCUGAUUGGGUCAAAAUAAUUUUAAAAGGUAAUAUACUAAGUAAAUGGUGAAAUUCUCUAUGGCUGGGGAGUUUCCAGCUUUGUGUCUAUGAGAGGUUUCAUAACUGUACAUUUUAUGCAGGAUUUGGAGUUCAAAUAAUUAUUUUAAGGGUUAAAUUGUAUUCAAAUGGACAUUUUAUUUAGCUUUUUUGUGCUAUUUCUGAUUUAGAUAUGUCUCUUCCACAUUGUGCUGCAGCUAGUUUGUAAAAUUAUCUUAGUAUGGUGAAUGCUUUUGGUUACAUUUUCCUUCCAUGAAAAAGAGUAUCUGACGCAGCAGCAUUUUAAAAGGUGUUUAUACUGCAUAACUUGAGAAAGAUGGAUAUAAUGAAAGGAUAUAAUGCAGAUGAACAUUAAACAGUAGAUGUAAACCUUAAUAAGUCUUCAGUCAAUAAACAAAGAAGUUGACUGCCUCUGUUGUCAGCCAAAAUAUCACACAAUAAGGUUUUUCAGACCAGAGUGUUCUCUUGAUUUUAAAUUAAUUACAUACCACCAAGUGAAAAGGGUUUGGGACUUUUUGUUUAGGAGGUAAAUCAAUAUAAAGAAAGGAAGUACUACUGUUAUUGACAGAUACAGGUCUGAUAAAAUUUUCACUAACUUGUAAAUUAGUUAUGUUCAGCAAAAGUUAAUUUACAGUGAUUGAUUUAUUAAUUUGAUUUGCAUGUAAAAGGUGCAUGUUGCUGUCCAAUUCAUUAUAAUUUGUCUUCUAAUUGUUGGAAAACUUGGAUGUAACAAUCUGAAUUAGUUAUUUCAUGUUUCAUGAGGUUGUCUCUUCAACUAAAAAUCAAGAGACACACCAGAUUUUGAUUGUGUACCAUUUUCUAUAAUCACUAAAAGUUAACUCAACUAAGUAUGGCCUGUAACUGCUACUGUCAAAUAUGGACAAAACCUUUUAUCAGUAGCAGGGAUUUUAUACUCAUUCUUUUUUGUGAGUAGGUCAUACAAGUGGACUCAAAAUGGUGACAGAAAUCUAAAGAAAAAACAUUGCAGGCUAUUUUAGGGUGUAAAAGCAACUAGCAUCUGGGCUCAGUUAUACAAGUGUAAGAUAACACUAUUCAAUAGAUAAAUCACUAUCCAGCAGAUAAGUAAUAGCAAAACAUAUUUUAGUGUAUAAAAGCAACUGGCAUCUGGGCCCAGUUGUUUAAAUGUCAGAUGAUGCUAUCUAAGGGAUAAAUCACUAUCCAACAGAUAAGUGAUAGCAAAACAGAUAGCAUUAUCCACUGUUUAGAGAUUUAUCCGGUGGAUAGCAUUAUCUAACCUUCAAACAACAGGGACCUGGUAUAAAGUGAACAUUUUCAAGUCGAUGCACCUUGUUAUUGGUGAAACUAGUGUUUUGUGUGUAAACCCAACCAUACUA